AUAUAUAUUUUAAGAAUGGAGCGAAGCGAUUCAACAGAUAGCAGCUCUUUGCUGUAUAAAGUGAUGGUUAACAGGAAAAUAGUUGACAAGGUACAGAUGAAUAUGAAUAGUAAUGCUGCUAAUGAUCAACAUACCGUUGGGGCUGCCACGUGCGUCAAUGAGGCAUCAUAUGAGUGUAACUAUGAUGAAGACAUGGAUAAGCUCAUUAGAGAGAAUAAAGCAUUGGAGCAGAAGUAUCAAGAAACAUUCGAAGCGUUAGAUAAGGUACGUCAAAGUGCAUUGGAAGCUUCAGAAAGAGCAUUAUCAAGAGAGUUCCGAAUAGCAUACUUGGAAAAAGCACUACAUGGCUGUGAAGUCAGUUUGUCCGAGGCAAAGGAUCUACUGAACCAGAAAGAUAAAGAUAUGUCAAGAAUGAAGAAAGAUGUACAGAAGGAACUCGGAGUGCUACAAUCACAGAUAGAACGAUUAAACAAUCUUAUUGGGGAAAAGGACUCAAAGAUUCUAGAACUGGUCAAUGAACUUUCUCGAUCUCGUAACGAAAUAAACGAGCUAACGAAGCGUAAAAGCGAUUUAUUAAAACAAUUGAAAGAUAUAUGUGAGAAGUUAAACACGGUAGUGUGGGAAACUAAUCAACGUGAGAAGAUGUUGAACAACUUAGAGUCGGAACUAAAGAAACGUGAAACAGAACGCCAGGCAGCAUUUUUGAGUGAGGUAACACGUAGUAAACGCUUACUUGUGAGUAUAAAGGUAAAAGAGAAUACGUUGAACAAAGUGAUCGCCAACAAGAACAACAAGAUCGUAGAGUUGGAACAACAGAUAAGACAUCUCACAGAGAAAAUAACAAAAAUCAAUGGAGUGUUUAAUGACAUAAAUUUCAAUACAGAUAUGGCCUAUCAAUCUUGUGCCAAUGCAGCUAUUUGCGCUGAACCCGGAAAUGUUGAAUGUUCCCUUACAUCACCAUGCAAUAUGGAAUUGAUCCAGGGACAAGCUCGUGUACUACUAUGAGACAAGCGUUAUAGUCAUAG